CGCAUAAUUGACUUUUCCUACUUUGAUAAUGAUAUCCAACUUUUAGUUUUCCACACACAUAAUAGACUCUUAACAAGCUCCUAGCUGCUGCUCAUAGUUCAUAGGACAUCCUAUUUAUCAUCAAUAAGCUUGAGUUAUGGCGGAUCGGACUCAACAGCCAUAAGGAGUACGUACUCAAUAUUAUUUGGAGCUAAUUAACUGCGGUUUAACGAGAGCGAGCUACUUGGGUUUGUGAAUAAUUCAUACACUUCAGAGAGGAUCUUGCGUCACAAAUAAGCUCGAGACAUGAUCAAUCCGGUUGAUGAAGUAUCAAUUGAAUUGAGUAAUCCAGAUGAGGAGGGGGAAUCUUCCAAGCUCAAGGAAGAUGGAGGACACGGAAGAAUAAGUAGUGCUGCAGCAAAGUGGGAUGUCAUAUUUACCGUAUCAUCUGCAUUUGCUGUGUUUGUUGAUCCUUUUAGCUGCUACGUUCCCAUCAUCAUCGACGAUAGCACGUGCUGCUAUUGGGACCAAACCUUGAUGUGGACAUUUUUGGCCUUACGAUCAGCCGGCGAUCUAUUUUAUGGAAUGGACAUUUUCGUUUUCAUAAAGCGACCACGUCACGGCAAUGUUAAUGCCAAGCCAUUUGGGGCCUCCUGGACAAAGCAUUUUGGCGGUCCUGAUUCCAAAAUUUGGAAGGUGUUGAAUGGCAAGAAAUCACUUAGGUUCUUAGGCAUUGUACCUCGCAUUUGUGCUGCUCUUCCCAUUCUACAGGCAGUCAUACUCAUUGGAUAUUAUACAUACCUUAUUAGCAUUUACAAUGAUGUAUUUUAUCUAAUUCUAAUCCAAUAUACUCUACGGGCUUAUAACCUCUACCGAUGGCUCGUUCAACAUGCUGACAUACAGACCGCAGUAAACAGAUUUCUUAAAGCGGCUCUGGACUUCCUUCCAUUCGUCAUUGCUGCUCAUCUAUUCGGAGCCUUGUGGUACUUUUUGGCUGUGGACCGAAAAGUAGUUUGUUGGGUGGAGCAUGUUUGUAAAUUUAAUAAUAUUUGUGGUCGUGAAACGUUUUAUGAAUUCUUCUAUUGCAGUAGCUCCACUCCACAAAACAAUAUGAUGUUCAGUAGCUCCCUUCUACAAAAGUCAUGUGCUGUACAACUUUCAGCAAAUAUAACAAGUUUACCUUUCGAUUUUGGUAUAUAUCUAUACGCUCUCCAAUCUAAUAUGACAAGCACAAGAGAUCUUCCACUGAAGAUGUUGCAAUGUUUUUGGUGGGGCCUGAGAAAUCUGAGUUCUUUUGGUUCAAACCUCCAGACGAGUUUCUUUAAGGACGAAAUCAUCUUUUCGAUUCUGAUCUCUAUAAGUGGCUUGGCACUAUUUUUAGUGUAUCUCAAUUCAAGGGUGCAGGGAUCGAAAAAAAUGUCGAAUCACCUCAAAUUGCGACAGAAGAUUGAAAUUUUAUAUCCAGACAUGGUAGAGCAAAUACGUAAUAAGCACCGUCUUGGCUUGGCUUCACUAAAGAAAGUGCCGUUGCUUGAAAGUAGAGAUGAGAAAGUGUUAAAAGCAAUCUGCAAGAAUCUUAAGCCGGUGACUUAUGGCGAGGAUGUUUAUAUCAUUCGAGAGGGAGAACCACUUCGAAAGAUGCUUUUCAUCACAAGAGGCACUGCAUUGACCUACACAACUACUAAGGGUGGAACAAAUGUGUGCAAGUCCCUUGAGAAAAGUGAUUUCUAUUGAGAAGAACUUAUAAAUUGGGCAUUCAAAUUUUGCUCAUUUUCUGAGUUACCUAUCUCCACUACAACUCUUAUGUCCCAAACAAAAGUUGAAGCAUUUUCAAUUAGGGCCCACAACUUCAAGUCAAUUGUCGCUCAAUUUUGGUGGCAUUUUCAGAGGGAGCUUCCUCGUUCUCAAUUGGAGCAUUUUGCAGCUUCUUCUUUACAGGCAUUCUGGUGCCACCGUCGUGCACAAGCUAAGGGCCCAACUGGAUGGGACAAACUUAAAUUAAAUUAGCCAAAACUACGACAUAUAAAAAAAAAAAGAAAAAAAAAAGAGUGUAAUAAGCAAAUGAACCAACUACUUUUUUUUUUCCUUAUCUUGUGUGGGUAUUUUGUUUGUGUUUGCGUUGCUUUGUUGUUUUCGAUUGUUUACUAUUUGUCGUCCUUGGUUCGUUCCCUUCCAAUGUCAAGGUGUGGACUGCUCUGAAUUUGUUUUGGACUUUGUAACACUCAAUAAUUUAUUGUCGUUUAAGAGUUGUGCUUUGUUUUGAGUUUUUUUU